CCGGAAGAGCAACUGGUGCGAGUUUAAUGGACGAGGAGAGACAUUUGUUUAGGUUUAGUCCAGUCUCCAUAAACUACACAAUUCUUUUUCGUCACAAGGUUUAAUCCUCCUUUUAGUCGCUAGAAUGCCUUUGUUUUCCCAAAACCCGUUUGACCAGGAUGUUGAGAAGGCAACCAAUGAAAACAACACAACAGAUGAUUGGGGGCUCAUUAUGGACAUCUGUGAUAAGAUUGGAACUACACCCAAUGGACCAAAGGACAGCUUGAAAUCCAUGAUGAAGAGAGUCAACCACAAAGUGCCUCAUGUUGCCAUGCAGGCUCUCAAUUUGCUGGGUGCUUGUGUAUCAAACUGUGGCAAAAUAUUUCAUUUGGAAAUCUGUUCAAGAGAUUUUGCCAGUGAAGUACGAAGUGUGUUGAAUAGGGCCCACCCUAAAGUGUGUGAGAAACUAAAGGCAUUAAUGGCGGAGUGGGCAGAGGAAUUCCAGAAGGAUCCACAGCUCAGCCUGAUCAGCGCCACCAUCAAGAGUCUGAAAGAAGAAGGGAUCAGCUUCCCCUCCGCAUCCUCAGGGGGGUCCAGUACAAAAGCUAGCUCACCUGCUGCAAGCAAACCAUCAGAUGAUGAUGACCUGGCCAAAGCAAUUGAGCUGUCCUUACAGGAGCAGAAGCAGCCGGCGGAGGUACGACCCCUGACCCAAACCUCCGACCCACCCAGCUACACAAACGGUGGUGGUGGAGGGCAGGAGGUCCGGAAGGUGCGCGCACUUUACGACUUCGAAGCAGCUGAAGACAACGAGUUGACCUUCAAAGCCGGAGAACUUAUUUUGGUUUUGGAUGACAGUGAUCCAAACUGGUGGAAAGGAGAGAACCACAGAGGAGUUGGGCUUUUCCCCUCUAACUUUGUCACGACCAGCCUAAACGCCGACCCAGAGCCAGUGGCUUAUGUUGAGAAGACGGCCACCCCUGAAGAGACGAGCCUUGAAGCCAGAGUGGAGCCGGAGCCCGUCUACAUUGACGAGGCAAAGAUGGACAGAACACUGGCACUUCUUCAAAAUGCAGAUCCUGCAGAUCCAACUCCUGAUUCCUUUGAGCUAAUCCAGCUUGAGGCUGCAUGUGAACAGAUGAACCCCCUGAUUGAUGAGAAGCUACAAGGGAUUGACAGGAGUCAUUCAGAAUUGUCGGAACUGAAUGUGAAAGUGUUAGAGGCCCUGGAGCUUUACAACACCCUGAUGAAUGAAGCGCCUUUCUACUCUGCCUACUCCAAGAUGCAGUCACAAUAUGCACCAGCUGGCUCGUCCGUGUCCAUGCAGGGUUAUCUUGGACCAGCCGGUGCCCCGUAUAUGCCGGCGGGGAUGUCCCACCCUCCUGCAGCGCAGCCCUACCCUGUUCACGGGGACCAGCCUGGACCGCUGCACUCCCUGCCAUCCAGUGUGUCGGCUCCACCCAGCAGCCAGGCGGCUCAGCCUCCUUACAUGAGCAGUGGUAUGAACUCUCAGUACAUGAACCCGGCUGCCGGAGCUCCGUAUGCCCCUCAGGUGGGAGCUGCCAUGGAUAUGUCAGCCUAUCAAAACUCUACCAUGCCACCUGUGUCCUUUCCUGUGGCUGCUCCCCCCCACCAGGCUCCCCAGCAGCAGCAGCAGGCGGCGUAUUACCAGCAACCUCUGCUGUAAACCUCUGACUCACAGCAGUUCCCAUAAGACAUACUUCAGGUAUAUCAUCUGCCAGCUGUUUGUUCAUUUGAGAGUGUGUGUAUGACUGUGUCAGUUUGCUUUAGGUUAUUUCUUUCGCUAAGUAAUUUCCAAUAGUGUAGAUUGAUCCCACAGCAGGACAGUUGAAAUAACUAAAGUGUGUAUGUAACAUGGAUGCUCUGUGCAUCAGUUAGGAGUCAGCUAUUAAAUAUGAGGCUAAACAUGGUUCCAGGGGGUUUCUCCUGAUUUCGAACUGAACACACCCUGUUUUUAAAGGUCAAUGCAAAAGUAAAUUUGGGUUUGCCCACAAGUGUGGGAUUAGGUAGUGAGAAAUCUUUUCACUGAUUAAUGGUCAUUUGCAUUUUACAAUCGUAGUUCAACAGAAUGCUACUCCACACGAGCAAAAGAGUUCCCACAACAUGCCAUUUCUGGAUGUGUUGGAUGAUGGUUAGAUGACAUUACUGUAAAUAAUUAGAUUUUAUUUUAUUUUUUUGAAUCUGCCUUCUCUUCACACAUGUUUGCAAUGGUCAUCCAGAGAAAAGCACUGCAAGAGCUCAUAUUAUGUGUGUUCAGCCCCAGUACUAAACACAGCAAACAAUCAAUCAAACCACAUCACACCAAUUAAUACACUAAUGCGCUCCCCUAUAAGAAAAGCACAAGCAGUUGUAGGUCUUAAUGUUGCUUUGGCGAUAACAUCUGGAUUUUCCUUUUCAUAGAUGUCUUUAUCUUUUUUUUUUUCAUUGCCCUAUCUGGCUUUAAUCAAAUGUUUAAGUACCAGUCUGAAUUGAUCUUAAGAAAGGUUUGGUUUAUUCUGUGCUGUUUGCUCCACACAACUGAAAUCCCUUGAACUGGUGAGGGAACGUAUCUUUCCCCGAAGCCAGUUCUUCAUCUCACCAGCAUCGAUCAUAAUAGCACCUCGCUGUCUUGAACAGAGCUUUUGAAGGGUGAAUUCAAUUUUUCAAAUGUCAUAAAUGAAUGUUAGCAGUUGCAUUAGUGUAAAUGGUUUAGAGUGUAAUUUACCAUAAACACACUGCCUUGCAUUUCGUGGUUGCAUUUGAGAUGUAUAAAUAGAAUGGGUGUAUGUAAUUUGGUUUUGUUUUGUUUUUUUGUUUAGUUUUUUCUUGGGGGGGGUCUGUGUGUGUGUGUGUUUAAGGACUUAUCCGGACAUUCUGCAUCACUGUAAGUUGACAUAAUAUUUCAAAUGAUCACCAUGUUUUAGGGUGAACUACCUGGCUCCCUCUGCGAGUGUGUGUGUUAAUCUGAUGAAAUGCUGCAUCUAGUAAUGGUUAUUACGUCUGUACCGCUCUGCCUCUCUUCGUGAGCGGAGUCUUCUCCAGUUACUGGAACCUGUCAAGAUUCCAUGUUUAUGCAAAGAGAUGUUAAAUUUCUAAAGUUUGUUCAAAAUUGACCUUGCCUGUACUUUGAUUUCUAUAUAUAUUGAGAUAUACAUGUGUAAUUUUCAAGGCAAAGAAAUUUGUAAUUAUUGUUCUUCUCUGCUUUUGUUUUUACUUCACCUGGGAAAAAUGUAAAUGGAACAAAGUUUUCAAAAUGUUUAGAAGUAUCUCGAGGAAUGAGAAACAUUUUUUAAACCUACUGUUGUUUUUUUCUUGUUAAUUAAUGUAGCUUUUGGAGAAUCUACAGUGAUAUUGGAGUAAUUCUGUUCUAAUUUUAGUUAUAAUUGUCUGUAUUUCCAUUCAACAGCCUGAUGUUAAAGGUGAUGCAUAUUAGAUGUAAAAUACCUGGAUUUGUCAUUUGCACCUUAGCUUUGUAAACAUUUAUUUACCACUAAAUGCCUUGUUUUUGAAGAAAUUGAAGAGGGACGUAGACACAACUUUGACAUCUUGGAAUCUUGUGUUUCUGAAUUCUCUGGAUAUGUAUAAUUCCAUAUAUUUAAAAUAUUCCAGGUAAGAUUCCUUUAUCCGGGAUUUUAAAACUGCUUUUGUAACAGCAAACUUAUAAAUAUUCUUUGCAAUAAAAAAAAUAUAUGUACAUAUAUAUAUAUAUCAAUACAGUAUAUACCGACAUGCAGUCUACUUUGGUUCGGUUUAAUUCCAGUUCUAUGUUUAAUUACAGUUCUAUAAUUAAAAGAAAAAUGAUUAAAAUA